GACCAGCAUAGAGGAGGGGGCUUGUGGCCGGGGAGAAAGGAAUAGAAGCCUCGGGAAUUCCCCAGGCCGGACUCUAAAUGCUUGAGCCAUCAAAGACCUCUGGGGGAUCCCUGGUCCCCAUUGGGCACCUGGGGCACAGGUGGGGCUGAAUGACGCCAGAAGCAGGUGAGGGGUUGGGUAUGCAGAGACCCUCGGUUCGAGAAAAGCCCAUGGCGGCGGGAAGGGAAAACUUGUUUAUAAUUCCCACCGUGAGCCCGAAAGCGCGGAAGAGCUUUCUGCGGUGAGAACCCGAUUUCUGGACCUAGAAAGACCCGGGGUAAAUUCCAGUUCUGUUACCCUUGUAGGCAGGGGCGGCCGAAGGAACCAGAGUAAGAGUCCGGUUUCUCUUCUGAAAAUAAUGUUUGUUAUGCGAGUUAGAGAAGUUAUUACCUGUAAAGCAAACAGCCAACUCAGAAGUGGCAACUGCUAUUAUAUUCGGAAGACACACUUCUAUUCACUGGGUGGCUUAUGUAAACAUCACAACCAUUUUAUGAGGUUGGCUAACUAUCCACAUUUAAAAAAGAAAAGGAAGCAAACGAGGCUGAGGUUGGCAGAGCCAUGUGCUCAGGUUACAAGCUAGCUGUGAGGAAGCUCUGAUUUAAGGGCAGGUGUGCUUUAAAUCUCAGGCCUCGUCUAAAUAUCACACCUGCCUAAAACCACCAAUACAGCCUUCACAGCACCUAGCAGAGUGACCUGUCCCUGAACACCCAGCGAUAAAAUUGAAGGAGAAUGUGAAUGGACUUAGAACAUUGUCAUAUGUAGUCUGGAAUUUCUGGUACCUCAUCAGAAUCCUUGGUUCAGAUAGAGGCUCCUAGCUUUUCCUGCAGUGGCAGAUUGUCUGAAAUCACAGUGAAUUCCAAGAGUCAAGUUUGUAGCCCUAAAGUGAAUUUGUUUCCCUGACCCAGGUCCCAGAUCUUGGGAAACAAAUUUAUUUUAGAACAGAGCAGCUCUUGUGAUGUUCGAAUUGAGGUCUCCAGGAACAGCAUCCCUGUUCUUUUUUUUUUUUUUUUUUUUUUUGCAUUCAUGAGAAACAUAUUUAUUUUUUAAUUUGCAGCAGCACAAUGCAAGGUACACUUUCUUACAGAUGUUCACUCACUUACAUCCCUAUUCAGUAAUGUUGUUUCUCUUUUCUUUUCUAUCCCUAAGGAACACCUCAGUGAACUGAGCAGGGUAAGGAACACCAAUGGUAUUUAAAUUAUUUUAAAAGUUUGUCCUUUCAAAAAUAUAUUUUACAUGCUACCCUUUAUUGAUUUCAGCAAAGAGAACUUCUGAGAGAAACACAGAAUGAUGAACCCAAGACUCUUAGAAGCUGUAAAGAAAUUGGAUGUUAGUGGUGACUUGUCAGGUGACACCUAUUUUGUGGCAGAGCCAGGAGGAAAACACAGUGCAGUUCACUUUCUCACUGGCCUCCCAGCUGAGUCUGUACAGCCCUCUGCACUUUCCCAAGAGCAGCAGCAUGAACACAUCUCAGGUAUCAGUGUCAUUCAAGGACGUGACUGUGGAGGUCACCCAGGAGGAGUGGCACCAGAUGGACCCUGCUCAAAGAACCCUAUACAGAGAUGUGAUGCUGGAGAACUACAGCCACCUGGUCUCAUUGGGAUAUUGCUUUAUAAAACCAGAAGUAAUCUUCAGGUUGGAACAAGGAGAAGACCCAUGGUUAUUAGAGGAUGAAUUUCUAAACAGAAGUUACCUGGGAGACUGCCAACUUGGUCUUUUAGAGAAGAGCCAGGAAAGCCAACACAAAUAUUUCUGUCAAGUCUUAUUCAACAACAAGAAAACAUUAACUACAGAGCAAGAUAAAAUUUCAGGAAAACCAGUUCAUCGGGGCAUAGACAUUUUUCCUUCAAGAAAAAUGCUCUCUAAAUGUGACACUGAUGUUCCUACAUGCUUGGAUCUCUAUCUUUUGACCCCAUAUAGUUACUCAACCAAAGAGGCUUAUGAGUUUAAUGCAUCUUCUUUCAAUACUAGCAAUGAGAGAACGAAUAGUGGAGAGAAAUAUUUUGAUUACAAUCAAGAUUUGCAAGUGUUUAGUCAUGUGGAGGAACUUAUUCAGGAUCAGACUUUUCAGAUUUUGGGGCAGUCUUUUGAACAUAAUGAACAUGAUAAUGCUUUCCAUGAUAAGGCAACUUCCAUUAAAUGUAAGAGUGCCCACAUACAAGAGGGAUCUUAUAAAUUUGGAAAAAACUUAUGAUAAACCAAACAUUGUCUCUCCAAAUAUUCACAUAGAGAAGAGUCAUUCUGAAUUUGAUGAAGAUGCAUGUAUUAAAACCGGGAACAGUUUUAGUAAGGUUACUCCACUUCAGAGAACUGAAACAGGAGAGAAAACUUUAGGUCAAAAAGCACAUUUCAGAGAAUAUCAGAGAACUCACACAGGAGUGAAAUCCUUUGAAUGUGGAAAAAACUUAAACCACAAUUUAGCAAUUACAGUGCAAGAGAGGACUCCCACAAUAGAGACAUCUUGUGAUAAUGACACUUAUAGGGAAACUUUCAGUUCUCAGUCGGCUUUCAGUCUACAUCAGAGAAUUCCCAGGAGACAAAAACAGUAUGAGAGCAAUGAAUGUCAAGAAUCUUUCUCUAGAAGUUCAUCCCUCAUUGUACAUCAAAGAACUCCCACAAGUGAGAAGCCCUAUGAAUGUAAUGAAUGUGGGAGAGCUUUUUCCAGGAAAUCAUCCCUAGUAGGGCAUCAGAGAAAACACAGAGCGGGGAAACCCUAUGAAUGUAAAGGAUGCAGGAAAGCUUUUACCUAUAUGGCAUGCCUCAGAGUGCAUCAGACAAUUCACACAGGGGAGAAACCCUAUGAAUGUAAUGAAUGUGGGAAAACUUUCACCCAGAAGUCAAGCCUUGGAAUACAUCAGAGAACUCACACAGGAGAGAAACUCUAUGAAUGUAAUGAAUGUGGGAAGUCUUUGGCCUACCAACAACACUUCAGAGGACAUCAGAGAAUUCAUGCAGUGGAGAAAUCCUAUGGAUGUAUUAAAUCGGGUAAAACUUUCAGCCAUAAGGCAAGCCUUGGAAUGCAUCAGAGAACUCACACAGGGGAAAAUCUAUAUGAAUGUAAUGAAUGUGGGAAAACUUUCACCUGCAUGUCGCACCUUAGAAGACAUGAGAGAACUCAUACAGGGAGGAAGCCCUAUCGAUGUAUAGAAUGUGGGAAAACUUUCCUCUGGGAGAAAAUCCUGAAGAUACAUUGGAGAAUUCACACAGGGGAGAAACCUUAUGCAUGUAAUGAAUGUGGGAGAGCUUUUAGCUACAUGUCACAACUCAGAGCACAUCAGAAAAAGCACACAGGGCAGAAACCCCAUGAAUGUAAUGAGUGUGGGAAGGCUUUCACCCGGAGGUCAAGCCUUGCAAUACAUCAGAGAACUCACACAGGGGAGAAACCCUAUGAAUGUAAUGAAUGUGGGAAAGCUUACAGCUGGGAGUCUAGCCUUGAACUACAUCAGAGAACUCACACAGGGGAGAAGCCCUAUGAAUGUAAUGAAUGUCAGAAAGCUUUCACUCAGAAGUCAAGCCUUGUAAUACAUCGGAAAAGUCACACAGGGGAAAAACCCUAUAAAUGUAAUGAGUGUGGGAAAGCUUACACCUGGAAGUCAAGUCUUGCACUACAUCAGAGAACUCACACAGCAGACAGACUCCACAAAUGUAAUGAAUGUGGGAAAGCUUUCACCUGCAUGUCACGCCUCCGAGGACAUCAGAAAAUCCACACAGGAGAGAAACCCUAUGAAUGUAUAGAAUGUGGGAAAACCUUCCUCUGGAAGUCAUUCCUGAGAAUACAUCAGAGAAUUCACACAGGAGAGAAACCCUAUGAAUGUAAUGUAUGUCGGAAAGCUUAUACCUGGAAGUCAAACCUUGAACUACAUCAGAGAACUCACACAGGGGAGAAGCCCCAUGAAUGUAAUCACUGUGGGAAGACUUUCACCCAGAAGUCAAGCCUUAUAAUACAUCAGAGAACUCACACAGGAGAGAAACCCUAUGAAUGUAAUGAAUGUGGAAAAGCUUACACCUGCAUGUCACGCCUCAGAGGACAUCAGAGAAUUCACACAGGGGAGAAACUUUAUGAGUGUAUUGAAUGUGGUAAAACUUUCAUCUGGAAGUCAAUCCUGAGAAUGCACUGGAGGAGGCAUACACAGGAGAAGCCAUACGAAUGUAAUGAAUGUGGGAGAGCUUUCACGUACAAACACCACUUUAGAAUACAUCAGAGAAUUCACACUGGGGAGAAACCCUAUAAAUGUAAUGAGUGUGGGAAAGCUUACACCCAGAAGUCAAGCCUUAUAAUACAUCAGAGAAAUCACACCGGGGAAAAACCCCAUGAAUGUAAUGAAUGUGGGAAAGCUUUCACCUGCAUGUCACGCCUCUGAGGACAUCAGAAAAUCCACACAACGAAGAAACCCUAUAAAUGUAUAGAAUGUGGGAAAACAUUCCUCUGGAAGUCAUUGCUGAGAACACAUCAGAGGAGGCAUACACAGGAGAAGCCCUAUGAAUGUAAUGAGUGUGGGAAAGGUUAUACCUGGAAGUCAAGCCUUGAACUACAUCAGAGAACUCACACAGGUGAGAAACCUCAUGAAUGUAAUGACUGUGGGAAGACUUUCACCCAGAAGUCAAGCCUUAUAAUACAUCAAAGAAGUCAAGGGGAAAAACCAUAUGAAUGUAACGAAUGUGGAAAAGCUUACACCUGCGUGUCACGCCUCAGGGGACAUCAGAGAAUUCACACAGGGGAGAAACUCAAUGAAUGUAUUGAAUGUGGUAAAAUUUUCGUCUGGAAGUCCGUCCUCAAAAUGCACUUAAGGAGGCAUACACAGGAGAAGCCAUAUGAAUGUAAUGGAUGUGGGAGAGCUUUCACCUACAAACACUACUUGAGAAUACAUCAGAGAACUCACACAGGGGAGAAACCCUAUGAAUGUGUUGAGUGUGAGAAGAGUUUUGUUUGGAAAUCGGUCCUCAUAGCACAUCAGAGAAUGCAUGCAAGGAAGAAAUGCUGAGUGUAAUUAACGUGAGAAAGCUUUCAUUUCCAAUUUAACUUUCUAACCUUAUGAGAAACCUCAUUCUCAGAAAUGAGUCUCAACUUAAUGAAAGCAUUAGAAAACUCCAAAAGGCGAGAAGUCUGAUAAAUGUGGUAAUGUGGGAAGAUUUUCAGUGGGUUGUCAGAUGUAAAAAGCUAAGAUGAAGAAAAAUAGCUUUACUUUCAGGUUCAGUGGCUGGGCCUAUGUAAAUUUAAAGACAUUAACAGGAAAAGAAAGUUUAUUUCAUAUACACAUGGAGGGAUCUCACAGAAAUCAAAUGAAAACCCAAAAGAGGUGGUCAGACCUGGAAGCUUAUAUACCACUUUAACAAAAGAGCAAUACAUUUGCAAAGAAGUGUCCAGACAAAGGAAACGGGUUUUGAGCUUUUAGUGAUGGUAAAUUGUGGGAAAGUAAAUAUAUGGGAAAUGAAUGGAACACAAAGGUUAUUUCAGUAAGGUGUGUUUAUGCAGAUAUUGGUGCUAUCUCUUUUCUUUUGGGAGACGGGAUGGGGAAUACCUUCAUAAAAAGAAAUUUAUGCCCUGCCUUUAGGUGGAUAGGGGGAGGGCGAGAAUUUUUUGCGUUUACAGUUUUUAAGUUGCUUUUGGUUCAAAAUAAUACAUAUGCCAAAGUGGCAUGUUUUGGGGGGGUAUAUUCUGAUCCCCUUCAUCACAUGGGAGAAACCAUAUAAUUGUGAUGGAUGUAGGGAAGAUUUCCACCAGCAGUUGACCAUCAGGGUCAGAAAACUCAUGGAAUUGAUCAUAUGAAUGUAAUGAAUUUAGAAAUACUUUCAUCCAGACAAAAUAUUAUAUUACAUCAGGUAAUUUAAACAAUAUAAACAGCCCUGUAAAUGUCUUGGAAUGCUUUCAGCCAGAAAUCAUAUUUUUGAGAACAUCAGAGAGAACUCAGAGGUUGAAAGUGUAAAGAUGAUGUAUGCAGGGAGAUUUUUCAGCCGCAAGUCAGGGCUAAGAAAAGAUAGAACUGAAAGGGGCUAAAACUUAUUAAGCUAAUGAACAUGGAUGCUCCUCAGGAAGUUCCUCACUAUUCAUAAGAGAACUGUCUUAAUCUGUUGAGGCAGCUGUCAGAAAAAUAUCCUAGACUGGGUGGCAUAAAUAGCAAGCAUUUAUUUUUGCUAGUUCUAGAAACUGGAAAGGCAAAGGUCAAGGUGCUUGUAGAUUUUGUUGCCUGGUGAGGAUCCACUUCUUGGUUCACAGAUGGCCAUGUUUUGUCCUCAUGAGGAGGAAGGGAGCACUUUGGGACCUCUUAUAAAGGACACAAAUGCUGUUCACGAGGACUUUGCUCUCAUUACUACCAUCUUUCAAGGGCCUCCACUUCAAAAUACCAGCACAUUGGGGAUUAGGUUUGAACAUAGGAAAUUUGGAAAAACACAUACAUUCAGUCUAGAGCAACAGCUUACACUGGAAGGAGACUUGAAAUGUACAUAUAGUUUUUCAGCCACCAAGUAUAUAGACCUUGUUGGACAUUAGGAAAUUCUCUGGGGGAAAGAGCCACUGGAGGUAAUGAAUGUAGGAAACACUGUUAAUUCAACUCUCAGUAAACUUCCAUUGUGGAGAAAUGCAGGAAGUAAUAA